AUGGCGGAAAAUUUUAGAUUUACUGGUCUCUAUACUCAAAAUGGUGUUACUUCUGGAUUGAUGAAAAAUAAGCUUGAAGCUUAUAAAUGCUGUGCAAAUGAUGUUAUCAACUUCAAGCUAGUUCGAGAAGAAAAAGACUUAGAAAAUGAAGAUACAACUUUUCGACCAGACAUGACGCAUCAACUUUUUGGAGACCAGGAAAGCAUUUUUGGCUACAGAGAUUUGAGUUUAGAUGUGUUUUACACAGCUGGUACCCUCAUCACAUAUCUCAAAAUCAAAUACAUGGACAAAGUGACCCCUCAAAAAUUUGAAGGGAUUUGUGCUGACGAUGUGGAAAAGCCAAUUGCCAAGAUGAUGCCUCCUGGCUAUCUCACUAACAUUGAUGAAUUUGUCAAUGCCCUUUCCAAAGAAGACACAUUCAGGCCUCCUGGUGAAAUGCUGCAUUCAUACAAAACUGAAAACAAAAAAGAUAAUAAAGUGAAGUGGUUUGAAGUAUACAAAGCCUCAAUUGAAGACACACCAGAUUUCAGAAAAUACCAUGAGAGAUUGCAAACAUUCAUUUUGUUUUUUAUUGAUGCUGCUUCCUACAUUGAUGUUGACGAUGACCGAUGGACUUUCUAUUUGUUAUUUGAAAAGUACCGGAUAAAUGGUGGUUUUCGCUAUGCCGCUGUUGGUUAUAUGACAGUUUACAAUUAUUAUGCUUACCCAGAAAAAAUCCGUCCUCGAAUAAGUCAAGUGCUUAUUCUGCCUCCAUUCCAAAAGCAAGGUCAUGGUGCUCAAUUGCUACAAACUUUUUACAAUGAAACCUAUACUCGGCCUGAAGUACUUGAUAUUACAGUUGAGGAUCCCUCUGAAAACUUUCAGCGCUUGCGAGAUUUCGUUGACACCAGGAAUUGCAUGGCACUUCCCUCUUUUCACCCAGACCAUCUUCUGAAUGGAUUCUCUGAAGAAAUGGCAACAGAAGCUCGCAACAAACUGAAAUUAAGCAAGAGACAAGCUCGGAGAUGCUAUGAAAUUCUCCGGUUGAAAUUUGUUGAUGUUAACAAUGAGGAACAAUUUAGGGCUUAUCGUCUGGACGUUAAAAGACGCCUCAAUUUGCCAUUCCAUAAAAAUGGUCGUGACUUCAAGAAGUUGGAGAAUAUUCUUCACCCUGAGGAAUUGUCUGCCACAAUGCCAAAUAUGACAACUGAACAAAGGCAUUUGUUUCUGGAGAAACAGUUUCAAGAACUUCUUGAGAUUUACCAACACAUCGUGAAACGUUUGGACGAUUCUAAUGAGCCUUGA